UAACAAAACAUUCUAUCGAGUGGCCAUACCCUGUCACAAAACGUGGUGGUAGCAGUGGUAAAAGAUGGCAAGAAACGAACGAAUCGCGUGCUAAUGCGAACGAAGCUAAUCGAGUAUCAUUCGCGACGGCCGUGCAGUUCUCGGUAUUGUCGACGUCCUCGAGAUCUCGGUGACGAUAUACUGUUUCGCAUAGAGAUGAUGUGAGAAGCCGAGACGAACAUCGAAGGGGGGUAAGAGUUCGGCGAACGGAACGGCCGAAAACUCUUGCAGCCGAUGUCAAACAUGCGGCGACCAAUUUCGCGGAAAAGUCUACCGAAUCGACGGCGUGUUUCGGUUGAGAUUUAUCAGUGAAACCAGUGCCAAUGAGCGUGAAUAUAUGGCGGCGCGAGUACUUUUACUGAGCAUCUUGUUUACAGAAGUGCUAAAGCCCGCUUGUGUCGCAGGUGUCAAAGAAAUUGGAGCUGGUUUACACAACAUAAACAUUUCAAAACCAGAAAGCUUCAAUACUAGUCCAACCAAAGGUUCUGGUGUAACGUUAGAAAUUCAACCCAGUGGUCAUGUGAUAUUAGGGAAAAAAGGGAUUAUACUUAGUUGUAUAGCUGGUUCAAAUCAGAAUGUAUCUUGGCUACACAAUGGGGUAUCAGCACCGCCGUGUGGUAUUGCACGCUGUACUCUUCUACGAAAUGGCUCUCUUCACUUACACAAGAUGGUGCAGAAAUUUAAAGAAAAAAACAAUACCACAGUUAAUUUUAGGGAUUAUAUCAAAGACGAGUACCGUUGUGUAGCACAUACUAAUUUAGGACUUUUACGAUCAUCUCCUACAUUUAUACAAAUAGCUGAACUUGCCCAUAUAUUUAAAGAAUCACCUGAAAAUAUAACUGUAUACGAAGGUGAAGUAGCAAGACUGUCUUGCUUAAUAGAUAGUGUUCCUUUUCCUCCUAAUAUCACAUGGCAGCAUAAUGGAGAAAAAUUGUUGCCCAACCAUAAUAACUCAAAUAGUAGGUAUUUUAUGGUACCACCAGGUGUUCUGUACAUAAAAGCAACGAAGUUAUCAGAUGCUGGUUCAUAUAGAUGCAUAGUAAAUAAUGAAUUCCUAAAGAAAACCAAAAAAAGUAAAGAGGCAAAAUUAACCGUUAUCGCUCGGCUAGAGGGUAAUGGAUCGCAUACGCUACCAUUCUUGUUUCCGCAAGUUUCGUAUAAUCAUUGGUUGCUAAAUGGAACAAGUCUUAGUUUAGCAUGUGCUGCAUCUGGAUAUCCAUCUCCACUUAUGACGUGGACAUUUAUUCCUCGCUAUACUGAUACUCAAAAUGUUGCACAACCUCGCAUUUUGCUUAAUUCUAGUAUUGGAAUUAGUAUAUUGUCAUUGGUAAACGUGAGUGUGUCCGAUGCAGGAAUUUAUCUAUGUUCUACAAAAACCAUUGUUACAAACAAUUUGGAGAUUCAGAAUAUUACAGUGGACAUUUUGGUACCACCAACGUUUUUGAAAACGCCUAAAAGCCAAGUAUGUCCAAAUGGAAGAACCGCACGAUUUGAGUGUCAAGCACAGGGGUUGCCUAUGCCUAAAAUAUAUUGGUUAAAAGACUCACUAAAUAUUACAAUGAACGGACGUAGGACUACAUAUAUAAAAGAACAUAAUAAAACGGAGUUAGCAAUAUCAGCAACGGUUCCUUCAGAUUCUGGUAUUUAUCAAUGCGUUGCUGUGAACUCAGCUGGUGAAAUUUGGGCCGCAGGUCGGCUUCAAGUGAACACGUCUCGUAAUAGUCCUGCUGCACCUACCUCUCUGAAAUGUAAAGCUGUAUCACCAGUUAAAAUUUUUAUUUCCUGGGCUCCACCAAAGUCUCUACCAUACACCAGUAUUACAGCUUAUACCGUCCAUUACAGUCCCGUAGAAGGAGGAAAGGAAGAAGUUUCACCGCCAGAACCCGGUAAUUCUACGGAGGUGGAAGUGACGAAGCUUCUCGAACCGUUUACUAAUUACUCUUUCUACAUACGAGUGUGGAACAAUAAUGGUCCCAGUGACCAGUCAGCCACCAUUUUGUGUUCUACAGCUCCAAGUGUUCCUAUAAGUGUACCAAAAGUAAAAGUGAAUAUAAUUAGUAGUACAAAAUUAAAUGUAUCAUGGGAACCACUCACUAAAAAGGAGGCUCGUGGUAUCAUCGAACAAUACAAAUUACAGUGCAGAAGACACGAACAUCCAUCAUCUCGUGUUCUUUCUUUACCUGCUAGCGUUGAAUCUUAUGUACUUUCUGAUUUAAUACCUGGUGCACAAUAUGAUCUACGAGUACAAGCAAAAACAACUGUAGGCUGGCCUAAUAUGAGCGAGUCGCAGUUAGAAUGGACGACUGUGACUAUGCCAUUUGCAGAAUCAAUUGUUAUCAAAAACGUCGUGGAUAUGCAAGUAUGGCUUAUAAAUUCUUCGAUUGUGAAGGUGGAAUGGAAAAUUAAUAUUAAAGAAAAUAAUAAAAUUAAAUCAGAAUUUGAUCGUUGGCAAAUAUAUUGUGAAAAUCAAAAUGGACAGAAAAUCACAAGUAUUUUUUUACCACAAAAUAUUACUGAACAUGUAUUUACUAAUCUUGAUGUAAAUGUUUCAUAUACAGUGGGUUUGUGUAUGAUAAGCUCUGACGAAGCGACCAGCUGCCUAACAAAGAAGAUAGAAACUGUCCCACCAGAUGCAAAUAAUAUUCCAAUGGCCUUGGAAGCUAUUCCUGUUUCACCUACUUCCAUAAAUGUAACAUGGUCAUUGAGUGACGCGCAUAAAGUCGAUUCUUUCGAACUAUGCUACCAGGCGAUUCAUACUACAAAUUUCGAUGGUCCCAAAUGUAUCAUAUUAAACUUUACGAAAGCGAGCGUUGAUAAACUUAAACCAUUUACGCUAUAUCAAUUUAAAGUAAGAGCCAUUCGAAACAACCCUAGCCAAAGCAGUUUCUAUAGUGAAGCUAUUGAAUGUUAUACAAAUGAAGACAUUCCUGGAAAAGUAGAGGAGGUACAAUGGUUUUUGGUGAACAAUACAAAAGUUCGAAUCGCGUGGAAAGAAACAAGCAAUAUAAAUGGCAUAAUACAAAAUUAUUUUGUUAUGUACACCACGGAUUUAAUGGAUUCGAAGACUACGUGGAAAAACAUGACGGUACCUGGUAACAAAACAUCGGCGAUCUUACUAGAGUUGACACCGGGGAAACGAUAUUUCGUUAUGGUCCGGGCAUCCACAAAAGCCGGUUAUGGUAAACCUUCCGUGCCUAUCGAUAUCAUCACCAGUGGCGGUCCAUCGAAGGUACCUAAUCCACCGGAUGAACAAAAGCCGCCGCAAAACAUAAAACCAGAUCAAAGCCUUGGAGUGAUUCUUGGUGCAAGUAUAAGCAUCGGAUUUAUUACGAUCUGCUUGUGUAGCAUGUAUUGUCGGAGGAAAUGGGAAAAUGCUCGUAUUUUGAGAGACAAUACGCAGGCAAUGAAAGGACGUUCAUUGGUACGUAAUGGUAAUAGAUGUUGCGUGGACGAGUCCUCUACAUCGGUGAGCCAACAAAUGAAUACUAGGGUAACACCCAAUGAAAUCGAACUUGCUGUUCUUUGCCCAUCGUCUCCGGUUGCAACGAACCCACAUUUGGAUACAAAGGGUGGGAAGUCUAAUGGGAUCCUGGAAUCCUGCGCAAAGGAACCUUUGCUAACGUCAUGGGAUGUGAAUGGCGAUCCUAAGGAUAUCGAAGUAACUAAAAGUUCACAGUACAAAACAAAGGACAGCGCUGUCUUCGUGAAACAGACGUCAGAGCACGAACUGGAGCCAGAUUUGGAGGGCACACAGCUCACGAUGGUCAAUUGUACUUUAGGCAGUAGCAGUAGCAGUUUAAACAACAACUCGGGAUGCCCGGAUGGAGAUACAUCCUUGUCGAAGUCUAUGUGUAUAUCUGUUCCAGCGCUGGGACCAAACGGAUGAAAGCUGUGGUCGAUACGAUUCAGUAUUCACAUUUUCUUCCUCUGUUACUGUGCAACAGGUAGGAUACAAAAAAUUUUUCCCGUGGUUUGAAUCAACGUGUACACAAGGUGUAUACGAACACACAUGUGUACGCGUGGGUUAAAAAGUAACAAGAAUGAAAUUCUCGAAGUAGUAGGAAGCAAUGCAAGUUACUACACUUUACGAAUUGAGUAUGGUACAGUUUGUAAAUGAAAAUACUGAAACAUUCUGGUAAGUAAUGUAAAUAAUAGUGUCGUACAAAUAAGUGCGUCGAAUCUGAACACACAGACUAUUGUAAAUAACAUUUUCAAGCAAGUUACGUCUAUUGAAAAACACUGAGAAGUAUUCCUGUAUUAAUGAUUUGGUAAGAAAUCUAAUAAUGAUUCUUAGAUUUCGUGUUCUGUUGAAAAGUACUGUGCUACGGAUAAAUCAUGCGAAUGAUACUUAAUAUUCAUUAGCUAACUUGCUCAUACACGCGAGUAGAUAGAUGCCCAUGAAAGGGUUGACUAUGAAAUUAAGAAUGAGAUAGUGGGACGGGAAGAGGAUUCUUGAUGCUUCUGUAAAUAGAUUUAACUAUUAAUCUGUGAAUAUGUUUAUAAGAUAGGAGUAUCAUGUUUCUCAAUGAUAGCGAAAGAUAGGUAAAUAAUGCAUUCCUUUUAUGCUAGGGAGGACAAAAUUAUUGAUAAUAUUCAGGUACAGGUAUGGCCUAAAUUAAUUCAUGAUAUGUGUUGCUUCUGAAAAGAGCAAUAGUAUUGAUCAUUCCACACUCUUAAGUUUUCCAUUAGCCACAUGGAAAUUGUCAAGAAAAAGUUUUUUAAUUAAGCAAUUAAAAAGAGAAAACUAAUCAGAUCUUAAUCUAUUCAAAAUAGAGCUAGAACUUAGAUUUGCUUUUUUAUGUCAGUGCUAUCAAGCCGAAUGUAUAGCAUUUAUUAAACUUUGGCGGAUAUUUAUUCUAUCAAAGAGUCGAAUGUUAUCAAACACUUUUUUAAAAAGGAGACACUCGAGACGUUGGUAUUAAUUUAACAAAGUCUUGUUUAUAUUAUACGUCUAAUCACUGUAUUAUAGACUACUGCAGCAUAUAGAAGGAGCAGGAAAAAAUACGAUUACAGUUUUUAAAAAAAGAAAUUCUAAAUUUUUUAGCACCAUGUACAAAACUUCGUCGUAAAUACCAUGUAGUUUUAAAAGAUAUAUUAAAACGCGUACAUAGUAAUUGGAUAAUAUCAGCACAGUUAUAUUCUAAAUAUUUUUUCCUGUUCACGUCGUCAGUUUACGUAUGACAAAGACAAAUCUUACGUUGUACAAGACAUUUAAAGUUAACUACAUCAUACAAAGGGAAGAACGAAACAAAACUACAAAACAUAUUCCAGACUGGUGCAUGUUACCAUGACAGAGAUGAAACCCAACACAGUACCUGAUAGAAAUAAGCUAUAUCUUUUAGAGUGAGACGUAGAUAUGUCAUGUUAUUAUUGUACCUCCAUUAAUUGUUAUUUAUUACAUUUUACACGUUCAGUAGUACCCAAAAUGAUCACAUUACACUGAAUCAUGCAAUAACGUAGUCACUACAAGCACAGUAUGAGAAAUCAUGUAAAGAUAGUGUUCCGUUUCAAGAUGGACCUUUUUAUUAGAUGUUUAGAAAGUGCUGAGCAUAGCUGUUCCAAACAUGUUCAACACUUUACAAGCAACUUUUGAAAUGGUGUAUCCUGAAAUAGAACAUAUAGAAUUAAAUCAAUCUGCACAUGCUAGAGAUUUUUACCAUAUUAUAUUUAUUGUACAGAUUUCUACAUCUUUAUACGAAAUAAUUUGUUAAAUAUUAUAAUUUGAUAUCAGUUCUACAAAAGAAAAAGAAUAAUUCUGCCUUACGUUAAAGACAUGUUACUAUUAAUACAGAUUUUUUAUAUAGAACACACUCUGCAGCUAUACAUUUCUAGGUGUAAAAUAUGAUUUACUUAUUUAUUAUUCAAACUCAAUAUUAAUAGACUAUAACAAGACUUCGAGAGUGAAAUAGUUACAAGAUCUGAUUGAUUUAGAAAAGAGAGAGAAAGAAAAAGAAAAGAAAAAAUAGAAGAUAAUUUUACUUGCACAUUGUGUAAUAACAUUUGUUAGAUAUUAUACGAUCACAUUUUUUAUCAGAAUCUCAUUUCAUACAACGCAGUAGCUAUUUAUUCUUUACAUUAAAACACAACAAAUCUGAUUUGUUGCAAGCAUACAUUUCACAGACAGAAUUUGCUUGUUCUGUGAUUUUUUUAUUUAAACAAUUUGUUUUCCAUUUGUUAUCGUAUUUAACAUGAACCUGUUACAUUUUACGUUACUGACAUAUAGUGGUAUACUUUUAUAUUUGUUGAAAGUAUUUGUUACUCUUCUUAGAGUUGAAUGGAGGACACGAGAAUUGAUAAUAUAAUCGGUAGGCAAUUAAUUAACUUCGAUCGCUUAUAAAUUUGUUUUCCUUUUGCAUUGAACUCUCUUCAAAUAUUUCGAUAUAUCUUUCGCACUGUAUGUAUAUGUUAAUUAUUAAGCUUGUACAAUUUUAUAAUAUUGACGGAAUUUUAAUAAUUCUAAGGAGAAAGGUAUUAUUGUUUUUAUGGAUAAAAGAAAAGAAAAGAAAAUGAUAGUUCAAAAGCGUUGAUAGAUGAUGGAGAAAAAGAUAAUUAAUAUAGCGACGAAUGCUUGCGGCGAAUAUUAUGCUCUAUCUCAUUAAAGAAAAAAAAAAUGACGUGGUUUUUUUACUGUAUACGAAUUUUAACGAUUGAUUUUAUAGAUUUUGUAAGGGAAGUGAAUGAAUAUAGGUUUAUAAACACUUUUGAUCAUUUUAUUCUUAGUAACAUAAUGAUGUACUAGGUAUAUUUAAGUGCAGCAACAUUUCAACUGCCAUUAAUACUUUUUUACCGGAAAUUUUUUCAUUCUUUUGUACUUUGCAUAAAAAUCUUCCAUUUUGAUAAACCGUUUAUCGAAUUUAUAAGAAACCAAUAAUUAUGUAUAUCAAUGAAACAGUUCGUGGUACUGUAAACGUUUUUCAACUAACUGUGUGGAUGUGAUAAGUUGUAGACUUCGUAGAAAACGACGAAAAAAGGAAAAGCAGAAAAUAGAGUCGCCGUGCUAAGUGUUCAAUUAACUUCUAAAUGAACGAAUUAAUAAUUGCAGUAUUGAAGUACAAAGCAAUAAACAUCUUAUCUGUAAACUGCAGAUAGCAGGAACAAGUAUUGUAAAUGUCAUGUUUAGAGUAGAACGAUUUGUAUAAAAGAGAAAUACAUACAUACUUGGAAUUGAGGCUA